UCCAGAUGGCAGCCUGAAGACCGUCGCCGCUAUGGGCUUAGCGGCGAACCUUCUGCUGCAGCUGCUGGUGUCUGCCGCGCUCUCCCUUGGAGAUGGGCUGCGGCUGCUGGAGGUCCGCGUGCCGGUGCACGCGGUGCGCGGGCAGACGGCGCGGCUGGAGUGCCGCUUCGACCUGGAGGGCGAGUCGCUGUACUCGGUCAAGUGGUACAAGGACGGCCGCGAGUUCUACCGCUUCGUGCCCAGGGACACGCCGCCCGCGCAGCUCUUCCCGCUGCCCGGCGUCGCCGUCGAGAUCGGCAACUCGACGUCGAGUCGCGUGGUGCUGCGAGACCUGACGGCGGCCACUUCUGGCCGCUACCGCUGCGAGGUCUCCGGGGAGGCGCCCUCUUUCCAGACCGUCUCCGACCACGGCGAUCUGCUCGUAGUCGCCCUGCCUGAGGAAGGGCCGCGCAUAACGGGAGGACGACCCCGCUAUCAGAUUGGCGACACUGUCGACGUCAACUGCACCUCGGGGAGGUCACGGCCGGCGGCUCAGCUCGCCUGGUUCAUCAACGGAGACAGAGUGGAGGACGAGCGUCUGCUGCGCGGGCCGCAGGUGGUGGACGGCGGCGCGGGCGACGGCUCUGUGGAGACGGUGCUGGGGCUGCGGUUCCGCGUGGCGCCGCGCCACUUCCCCGGCGGCGCUGGCGGCGACCUGCGCCUCAAGUGCCUGGCCACGGUCGCCACGGUCUUCUGGAGGAGCCGCGAGGAGGCCGCCACCGCAGGGCCCGGCCGGCGCGCUCCGCUGCACGACGCG